AUGACCACAUACGGAACAAUUCCGGCCGAGUUGCCGCCAUCAACGAACUUCAUUUCCCGAGCUAAAGAGCAGAUCCGAUCUGGCCUUGGGACUCGAAGACAAUGGAAGGAGAUGGCGAAUUUCAAAUCCAUAAACCUCCCUUCAAAUAUAAACGAAUCCACACAAAGAAUCAGAACCAAUGCGGCGUAUUUUCGUGUGAAUUACAUGAUCAUCGUGUUGUUCGUCCUCUUCAUUACCUUGCUUUGGCACCCCGUAUCGCUCAUAGUCUUCAUCAUCAUGAUGGCUGCGUGGUUGUUCCUUUAUUUCCUACGUGACGACCCGGUAUCGAUCAAAGGGUUCGUCAUCGACGACCGGGUCGUGAUGACGGGGCUGUUGGUCGCCACCAUUGCAUUGCUUAUGUUAACCGACGUGACGGAUAAUAUCAUCGUUGGCCUUUCGGUUGGAUUGGCUGUCAUUUUGGUACAUGGGAUGACGAGAAGUACUGAUGAUUUGUUCAUUCGAGAUGAAGAAGUGAUACAAUCGCCCGCCCCGGUGUCGGUGUGCAUCGCCAAAGAAUCGGUGCCGUUAAAGAACACGGCGUCCUCUUCUUAUUCUUUGUCCUAA